AUGAGGGACCGGCUGGCAGAGCUGCGGCAGCGAGCCGCAGCCGAAGGGGGCUUGCAUGAGGAUCCCAUGUGCUUCGACAACCCAGCCUUGGCUGGCGACGAUGCCAACCCCGUCAGCCAGGCGCUGCAGGAGGCGGCCAAGCUCUGGCAGGCGCUGGACCGCCUGGAGCAGCUCUCUGAGGGCAUUGACAGGAGGCAGCAGAAAGUUCUGUGCUGCACCUCCGAGGACAGCAUCUCCCGGGAGAAGAUGGGGCUCGGUGCUGCCAGAGCCACCUUCGCGCGGGAGGCCAUGGCUCUGCAGCCCCAGCUGGGGGCCCUGCCGCUGGCACCGGAGCGGGCACCGGGGCAGGCGAGCCCCCGUAUCCGCCAGACCCAGCUGUGGCUGCUGCUGCGCCGGUACCACGCCAUCCUCGCCCGCCACUACGCCCGGGAGAACCGCUACCGGCAGAGGCUGAAGGAGCAGAUCGAGAGGCAGGCGGAGCUGGCGGGCGUCAACCUGGGCACCAAGGACGUGGACCGACUGGCUGACAGCCCCGAGGCACCCCGCAUCGUGGGCCGAGACCUGGAGGAUCUCAAGGCCAAGCGGCACCUGGCCUUGGCCGAGAUGCGCCAGCGGCAGCUGCUGGAGCUGGAAAUGCAGAUGGUGGAGCUGCAUGGGCUGUUCCUGCAGCUGGAGGGGCUGCAGGCUGAGCAGCACGGCGCCGCCGACAGCGUGGAGCACCACGUCCUGCGCACCCUCGACUACAUCGCCCAGAGCGGCGGCGAGGUGAAGAAAGCCAUCAAGUACCAGCGCCCGUCGCGGCUCUCCGCCCUGCUGACCGCUCUGCUCAGCCUCUGCGCCUGCUGCGCCUGCCUGCCCUGCCUCGGCGAGACCCUCCGCUGAGCCCGGGCGCUGCCAGGAGCCUUCCGGGCGGAUUGCCCCACGGCCACGCAGAAAUGGUGCCACGAGAGGCGGCUGCUGUCGUGUGACGGUGCCAUGAGAGGCGGCUGCUGUCUUGUAGUGGUGCGACAAGAGGCGGCUGCCGUUGCGGGAUGGUGUCAUAAGAGGCUGCUGCUGCCUUCUUGUGUGGUGGUGCAGGGCCCACGCACACCUUGCACCAUGGCUGAAGGACCGUGCAGACCUCACACGGCAGCAUGGGGGCUGCACAUCCCUUGUAUGAUGGCUCAAGGACCAUGCACACAAUAUGAUGGUGCAGGGACUAUGCACACCUUGCUCCACGGCUGAAGGACUGUGCAGACCUCACACGGCAGCAUGGGGGCUGCACAUAACUUGAACGAGGGCUCAAGGACCAUGCAAACAUUGUAUGAUGGUGCAAGGACUGUGCACACCUUGCACCAUGGCUGAAGGACUGUGCAGACCUCACACGGCAGCACGGGGGCUGCACAAACCUUGCACAAGGGCUCAAGGACCGUGCUCACCUUGUGCAGUGAUGCAGGUACUGUACACACCUCGCAUGGCAGUGUGGGGACCACAGACGCCUUGUGUGGUGGCACAAGGACCAUGCAUACCUUGUGUGGCAGCUUGGGGACCACAUUUGCAUUGCAAGACAAGAACCCAGAGCACUCCAGCACCCAGAGCACUCCAGUACCCUGCGAGGAAGAGCACUUCUAACACUAAGGAGAGGAGAAAAAAAACCCACUGAAGCUUUUGGCAUGUUUAUUGUUGUGUGCAAGGGCAGCUGAUGUCUCAGUGCCACCCUGGAGCAGCUCGAAGGCUCCUUCACAAUGUCUGAACCUGUAUUCUCUCUACUUUCUCCACUGUCUUCUUCCUAGGUGUUUCCCAGGUGCAUGACUGUGGCACUUUCAUCGCUGCUGGUUUGCACGCAGGCUGUCAGGCGGGGGCUGGGUGGCUGAGUGUCCUGAGUGGCUCUCCCAUCAGGGAACUGAGGCAGUUUUUUGGGAGGCUGCAGGAGAUGGGCUCUUUCUUCACCCUGCUAACCCAGCCAAUGCCACACUCCUGCUGCAAUCUUGCUGUAUCCCUUUUCUCUGGUCCCCACAAUCCUGCCUGGACGUCCCCAAACCUCUGCCGUUAGGGGCUGGUUAGGUUUCUCAGGAGCUCUUCGUGGAAAGUCCCUUUCUGUGUUUGGGCAGUGUCUGGGGUUGGGCCCCAGCUGCUUUGGCCACCCUUAGGUUUAUUUUUGUCUCAGUCUUGAGUGUCAAUAAAACAAUUCCUGCAGAACCUCUGGAGUUUUCUCUUUGCAGCAGGUAGCAAAUGA